AAAUUUUACGUACAAUGGUUGAUGGUGUUCGUAAACAACAUAUUCUUAGUAUAAGAAUGAUCUUUUACAAAAAAAAUGAUAUUAAUACAAUUUAUGAUUCAUAUUCAAUUGUAUUUGAUUAUACAAUGACAUCACCUAAUGAUGAAUCGACAACAUCUAUUCAUAUGAUUGCUCAUAUAAUUCAUCAAAUAGAAUAUAUGUUUAAUUGGAAUGAUGCUUUACCAAAUGAUGUUGAACUUAAAUUUGUAUUAUCAACACUUGAUCAAUUUGAAAAUCAAGAAAAUAGAUUACCAUCACCAUUACAUUUUCUUAAUGAAAAUUUAACAAAAGUUUAUAUAGAAAAUGAAACAAAUCAUUUAAUGGGUCGUUUAACAACACCUGAUGGAAAAAUUUGGUUGAAAUUUUUACCAAGUACGCGUCAAUUAUCAGGAUCAAGUAUUAAUUCUGAAGAUUUGCCUACACAAGCAAAUCUAUUUGCUACAACUAAACAAAAAACAACAGAAAUUGUAGAAAGUAUGUCACCAAAGACAAAGAAGAGUACGAAGAAAUCGACAAAAUCGACGGAUUCAAAUAAAAGUGGACCUAAAAAGAAAACUGGCUUCUUAUCUGCCGUCAAGUCAUUUAUUACACCAUCUCGUAAUUCUACUCCAUUAACAUCAUCAACACCUAAUGUUACUGAUCUAGUUCUUAUAAAACAUACAAGUACACCUAAACCCGGUGAAACAGCAUCUCGUAUUACUAUUGGUAAUAAUAAAGAAGCACCGACUCUUUCAGCUAUCUAUGAAGUCUCAUCACCGGAUGCUCGACCACCAGGAAAUAUAAGUUCACCAACACCAUCAACUAUUACUGCAACUGAUAUUUCAUCAGCUACUACACCAGUCAUUGGAAUUGAACGUCGAAGUACAGUACGUGGUCAAGCAGCAAUUGCUCGUAAAAAGAUUGCUGCUAUGCAAAUACGAGAUGGUGAAGAUGAUGACAACGAUGGAGAUGAUGAUGAUGAUGAUGAUGAAGAUGAAGAACAAUUUAAAAAACUUUUUAGUCGAUCAAAACCUAAAAAAUCAAAAACUAUGGCUGUUGUUCCAACUAAGAAAAGUGAUGAUGUAUCUGAUGUUUCAUCAAUUUCUUCACCUAUUUCAAAUGCCGAAUUCAUAUUUACACCACCAACAGCACGAAAACGACCUACAACUGAUCGAACUGGUGAUGAUGAUCUUGCAGCUGAACAUGGUACACCACCAAAAACACCACGUACAGGUCGUCGUAAUCGAAUUGAUGAUCAAACAUCUAUUCAAGCAACUUCAAUGGAUACUAGUGAUCUUCCAGUUAAUAUUGAUUCACCUCGACUUCUUCGUAGUAUUACAAAGAAACUUCAACAACAAGCUUCAGCUAAGAAACAAUUAGAAUAUGAAGAAGAAACAAUGACAUUAGAUCAAUCAGUAACUGAAUUACAAAAAACACAAGAAACAAUAAGAGAUGAAGAAGAAAUGAAUCGUGUCUAUGUUCAAUUAGAACGAUCAUCAAUGGCUCUACAUUAUUCUAUGGGUAAAUAA